CUGCAAGGAACGGUUUCACGGCCUCGUGAAAACCCCGAUGCUCCACCAACUAACAAAAACCAAAACAACACUGUCAAGCUGAACAUCGCCAAAAGGGCUCCACGUCUCCAUAUUAACGGCUCCGCCGCGAUGGAUCCGUGUCGUCACAGAAGAUAGCAUGAUAGGCAGGGACAGGCAAUAUCGCCCGGCCAGGAACCAGAUUGAGCGAGACGAUUGGCCGCUUCGCCAUGUUUGCCCCCUAUCGGGCGAUCAUCCCAUGUCCACAAGCGCGCCGGUGAUACAGUUAAAACCUGGCUCGUUCCCAGGGCAUCCUGGCGAGACAGGGAGUCUUCGAUUCCCAGUCUUGUUGCAGAGGAUCUCGGUCGUUGUUUCAUCGUCACAGUCGCUUCUGUCGUCCUUUGCUUGCUUGCUGUCUUUCGCCUCAGACUUCCUCCUCGCUACACCUCGCGACCAUGAGACAGGCAAUCGCCAUCCCGCUGCUCCUCGCGGCCGCCACCGAGGGCCGCGAUAUCGCCUCGCGCGCCACCGACUGCAAGGACGUGCAUGUCUUCCUGGCCCGCGGCAACAACGAGCCGUACCCGGGCCGCCAGGGCAAGCUGGUCACGGCCAUCUGCUCGGGCUUGAGCAGCUGCGACUACGAGGACAUCCAGUUCUACAACCCGCUAGAGUCAGUGUACUGCGAUUCCGUCUUUGAGGGCGCCGCGAACGGCAUUAGCCAGAUCACGGCGUACAACAAGGCGUGCCCGGACUCGAAGCUCGUCGUCAGCGGAUACUCGCAGGGCGGACAUGUGGUGGGCGACAUUCUGGGUGGUGGAGGCGGCACCUUUUUCCAAGGCUGCGUCCAGGGCAGCAACGAGGGAUUGAACGCAGACUCGGCCCCCGGAAACAAGAUUGUCGCGGCCCUGAUCUUUGGUGAUACUCGCCACACGGCCAACCAGCCGUACAACGUGCUGAGCGGCGCUGGAGCGGACGGUCUCUUCCCGCGAACGGCUGCCAUGCUUACGAAUCUCGUCACGUACGGCGAUGCGCUCCACAACUACUGCGUCAAGGAGGAUCCCAUCUGCGCUGGAGGCGACGUCGUGGCUGACCACCUGAACUACUUUGACGUGUACAGCGACAUGGCUGCUGCGUGGGUGCAUGAGCGGGUGAAUGCCACCGAGGAUUCGGCUUCCACUUCGACUUCUGCUUCGAGUACCAAGACCACCAAGACGAAGAGCACGACUACCACGGAGGAGGCUACUACCACAGAGGAGGUUACUACCACGGUGGAGGCCACAACCACUGAGUCUGCUUCCGAGGGGACGACUACCGAGUCCAAGUCCAAGACCCAGAGCGCAUCUGCCACCAAGACCAAGUCCGAGACCACCGAAGUUUCAUCCACCACCAGCGACGCCUCAUCGCAAACCACGGCCGUCACUACAGCAUCUUCCGCCUCUGGAUCCGGAUCUUCCGCGUCCGAGACCACGAGCGCCGCCGCGGCGACGACAAGCGACAGCAGUGCCGGGUCGCGCAAUUCUCAGCUCGGCGCUGUCCUGUUCGCUCUCGGCGCUGUCCUAGCGUUUUAAUCGCGGCAAUGCGAAGCUGAGGGGAGAUGAUGCGACGGGGCAGAAGAGAAAGGGGAAUGUGAGACGAUCAUGCCAGCUAAAGACCUGCCUUGUAUAUACCCCAGAGAGGAUUCAGUCCUCGAGAUGAUGAUAGAGAUGUGCAUAUAAUUCAACGACUGGGACAUGAGAUUUAAGGAUUUUUUAGGGUUGAUCGAGGCGCCGAGCGCUAAUCUACAAUGUUAGCGGUAGGGGGAAAUUGACAAAUGACUGACCAAUCGGGUACCCGUCGUAUGUGAGUGAUACUUGAAGUAAAGAUCGAUCUGUGGCUCUACCUACCUAGACAAGCAGCCAUUGAUCGCAUUAGAUGAAUAAACCAAUGUCCGUCUUUCCCGGAAAGGCAAUCAGGGCUCUGAG